GCCAUCCCUCAGCCCCCCUGACUCGCCAUGAACCUCCUGCUGCUGGCUGUGGGGCUGACCCUGCUCCGCUGCCCCCAGGCCCUGCACUGGGGGCCCCAGGACCCCAACUUCAACGAGACUCUGGUCAGCGGCGAAUGGUUCUUGGCAAGGCUGGCCUCCAACCAACCCAAACUCCUGAAGGAGGACGAGGACGCACGGCUGCUCAUCCACCGCAUCCAGGUGACCCCCAGGGCCCUGCAGCUCCACCUGCGCAGGAAGGUAAAUGGUGCAUGUGUCCCGAUUACGAUGACGGCAAAUAAAACGAAAAGGAAAUUUCAGUACCUGCUGGAGAAUGCCGCCCAGAACAGGGUCUUCCUGGGAAAAGCGGACCCCAAGAGCUACAUCAUCCUCUGCAACCAUCGCGAGGGACGUGAGAAGGAGGUGGUGGCAGUGAGCCUCCUCAGCCGGACACCUGAGGCAAGCCCGGACGCCCUGCUCAUGUUUACCGACUACUGCAGAAACCACGGGAUCCACACGACCAACAUCAUUAACGUGACCAGAACUGGUGGGUGCCCACCCCUGCCCCAGCCUCGGGGGGCGGAGGGCACAGCCCGGACCUCCACUCAGCUCGCCACAGAUCCCUGCCUCUGCGCCUGACAACAGGGAGGCUGCGGGCCCAGAUCUGCCCCGGCCAUCCCACACCCCUGAGCCUGCCGCACCCCCUCUUGUUCACAGGGGUGUCUCCCAGGCACCGAAGGACCGGAAGAUCUCGGUUAACCCAAGGAGCCCUUCAGCUGCC